AUGACCGAGGAAGAGUUGUCCAUCCAAUAUUUUGACGUGCCUGCAAGUGUUCGAGCAGUCAGGUGCGCAGGUGCCGACGAGGAAAGAUGUGGUGGAAGCCAUGCAGCCCAGGGUUUGUUGGACUUUGGUGACCUCGUGAAGGUCCUAGCCCUUAACCCGCACGGGUACCCUAAGCUUCCCAAUCUUCAGCCGGUGACCACAGCUGUGUGCCAUGACCUAGCAUGGACAGAUGGGGAUGGAGAGUGGACAAUCUGUCAUGGCGAAUCUCUUGAUUUGCAAUGUGCUGCACCCGACAACGCCAGAAAGCCUUGCCCUGUCGAGUUGCCUGACCUUGCAGAGGCCAUCGAGGCAUUGGAUGCAGCCACAGCAGCCAGAAGUUUGUGUGCCGUGCAGCGUUCCAGCGGCGCGGCAGCGCACGCCGAACCGGUUGACAUCGAGGUUGUUGUGGACUCAGGGUCCGAUGCUUCUUGCUUGCCGAUGAGUUGGGGAACGAUCGGGCAAUCCGGCGGUGCCGACUCCCAGUGGUACCGCGAUGCCCAAGGAAACCGCAUAUCAGGCCGAGAGAUGCGCACGGCCACGAUUGAGAUUGCUGGGGUAAAGUUCCGUGAGCAUUGGCUGCUUUCGAGCGUUACCCAGCCUCUCUUUUGUGUUGGCAAGCUGAUGAAGCGAAACGGUUGGGACAUCAUCCAUGAUGCUGACAGGGUUCCACACCUUACGAGCCCUGACGCUAGAGUCCGCGUCCCACUGUUUUACAAGAACUACAGCUUGCAUGCAAAAGGUUUCAUCCGAGGAGUCACGGCCUCCGAGGCCGAUGGUGAGCCAGGCAUCAGAGCACUUGAGGUUUCAGGCCCAUGGCUUGAGUUGUCUGAGGAAUUUCAUGAAGUUGCUCCUCUUGUGUAUGCCCGGCGGGACUUCAGCGGUUGCUUCGUUGAUUGUUCAGUGGCAUUGUCAGUGCCUCACCUGAGCCUUGGAGUGCAGUACCGCACGACGCUUGUGCAGGACGGUUCGAGUUGGAAUGUCAUCGAGUUGAAUCAGGAUCUGUCUUUGCUUGAACAGCCCGAAGCCGAGUUCGAGCCGAAGCAAACGCGGCAUGUGAUCACAAUUGCGUCUUGUGACAAGAUCGAUGUUGAUGUGCUGUUUAAUCAAACUGCAACCGGCCCGCCAGAGGCCGAGCAGGAUGCAAACAUGUCCGAAGCAGGGCUUCCUGAGUUCCCUGCUGAGUCCCUUGAUGAAUUGCUUGAAGAUGCGCCGGCCGGAGGGAUUGGAGAGGUUGACCCAGGUGAAGCCCCCAUCGGUGCCGACGCAAGUGCAGCGCCAGACAACUCAGAGCCCGCCAGAGGCCACAUCGUUGUUGAUGGAGUUGAGCUGCAUGAAGGUUGCAAUCUUAAGACAUUGCGUGCUGCGUGCAAAGCUCUAGGCAUAGGCCAGAGUGGCGGCAAAGCCACGGUGUUGUCGAGGAUAGCCAGCCAUCUUGACAAGCUUAAGUUGCUGGAGCGUCACCAAGUCCAACAUGAUUCGAUUGCUUUGCAAAGCGAGCCGCGUCAGCAAGCCCCAGUAGCUUCUCCGACGCCCGAGCAAAUCAGAUUGCACUGCCUGAAUCACAUCCCGUACCAGCCGUGGUGUGAGCACUGCAUCAAGUUCCAGGAGUCUUUUGAGAAGGGAACGCAACUUGUCUCGGAUGCACUUGGGGGUAAAGCCCUGUCUACCCUCCAGAAAAGGUACGGGCAAUUAUCCAAGUACGUCACUUGGUGCAACGACACAGGAUGCAUAGGCUUCCCCCUUUCUUCGGAUCUUGUGCGGCAAUAUACCGAGUUUGCAGUGAAGACCAAAGGGCAUGGGUCAGUGUCCAGCAACCUUGAGUCUUUCAACUUUGCGAUCUAUGUCCUUGGUGUUUUCAAUAAUGAGCCUCUCCGGUCUGACCCGGUCCUGACAGGACGUGCUCGUCGCGAGAGAUUGAACAAGCCUCCCAGGAGGCAGGCUCGCUCGUUUCUCGUUGCAGAAGUGCUUCACCUCGAGGGUUUCCUUGCAUCCGAAUCCAAUGCACUUUUGGACCGAUUUGCCGCUGGUUGCAUGCUCUUCGCGAUCUUUGCCAGGGCGAGGUUAGGCGACUUGAAGUCCGUGUCAAGGUUCACGCUUGACCUUGCAGAGCCAUCUGCAGACUGCGCCGAAGGGUUUUUGGAGUGUUACUCUUAUAGCCAUAAGACUAAGUCUCUUAGCAAUGCGCUCGGCUUCAGGUUGCCUCUUGUGGCUCACGUUAAAGGACUUGGGCCUCGCAUCUGGGGGCUUGACUUCUUGGAGGUUGCACGGCAAGUGGAUCAAGACCUUCUUCAAAAGGACGAUGGUUCCGCGCUGUUGUGUGUGCCCACGUCUGUGGGCUCCUUGCUCAACCAUCCAAUCAAGAAUGAAGCCUUCGUGGUGUGGAUCAAUGGCAUCCUUAAGGAUCUCCCCUUCUUCGGAGGUCACUUCACCGGCCACACAGCAAAGUCUACCUUACUUCCUUGGUUGGCCAAAUGGGGCGGCUCUGAGGAUGACAGGGCCAUUCUUGGGCAUCACAUGCCUAAGAGCAAAAGCGUGGCCACUUACAGCAGAGAUCUUCAGGCUGGGCCUUUGAGAGUGCUGUGGUCUCUUCUAUGUGACGUUCGGUCUGGAGCUUUCCUUCCUGAUUGCACACGCUCUGGCCGCUUUGUCCGUCAAGUCGAUGAUCCAGGAGUGGAGCCGGCCCUUGAUGCUCUUCCUGGUUUCUCUGAUGGGGCCCUCAGCCCUGACCUCUGCCUCGGCGCCUUAGGUGAGGUCCAAGAGCCUGUGAGCAUGGGCAGCGAGGUUGGCCCUGAUGAGGAGUUGGCGUGGUACCGCAACCAAGAGCUGGAGGAUGCCGACGUCGAUGCUUUCAUCAACGCGAGCCGUGGCAGUGAGCUUGAGCCCCGGGGUCUCUCAGACCCUCCGCCCGAAACGGGGGCUUCUGAUGAUCCCCAUGCGGAGGGGGACCGAGAUGGCAGCGGUUCAGACUCUGAAUCGAGCUCGAGUUCCAGCUCUUCUUCGAGCUCUACAAGUGCUGAUGAAAAGGUCCAGGCAGCAAGCGACUUAGCAUGCAGAUUGAGGCAUCACGUCGUGGAGGGAUGCAAGCUUUACCAGCAUUGCAGGACAAAGACUGUGCAUCGCAUGCUUGAAAACUCGAGCGAUGAUAAGUUUGUCUGUGGCAGGCCUCUCACCAAAGACCAUCGCCCCUUCAGGACCUUGGUCAAGAUCACCGCUUGGGACUGCAAGCAAUGCGCUCAGAGAAAGCCGAUUAGCAACACCGGCGCCCUUGUCGGUGCGCUUGCGGCAUUUGAAGAACUUGCCACGGAAUGUGGCCUUUCAAGUGCACAGCUGCUGAUCCUGAAAGGGAAAGGUGUCUCGACGAUGUCGUCAUUGGCCUAUGCUGUCACCACCCCGGGUGUGCAGCCUACGGAGCUUGCCCUUCGUCAGCUUUUGGAUACUGCCACUCCUGAAGCUGUUUCAGUUGGUGCCUUAUCAUCCAUUCGACGCUGUGUGUUUGAGUGCCAGACUUGUGUUGUGCAGCAACUUAAGCUCUCAGUCGAAGGGCAUGAGGGGGACAAGAAGUACGACCUCCCGCCUGCUGAACGCACCAGCCGCAUUGCCGCUCAAAAGACCAGGCUUGUCGGUUUUGAGUUAACCGGCGCGAUGGAGUGCGCAUACUCCUGCUACACUCUUGUGGGCUCCAUGCUUGAAGCCGACUCGCCAAUUUACUUGGAGCCCCAUAGGUUCAUCACCAGGCAACAGGAGGUUUGCAGAGAAAAGCCCAAGCGUGAGAUCGUGCUCGAUGGGGGCACCAAGCUCACUGUUCGUGAUCAGCAGAGUCGUGAUCGUUGCCAGAUCACCAAUGAACUUCAGCUCUGGCAGGCUCUUACACGUCGGAGCUUAGCCUGUGACCUUAUGGGUGCCAUCAGCUUCCAGGUGCAAGAAUCUUGGCACCGCUUUCUGUUCGAUCGCAUGGCUCAGCCUCCCCCUCCGAGGUGCAGCAAAGUUUCCAUGGAGCAAUUGUUGAGGGCUGAUCGUCAGGCUUGGGUUCAGUUGGCUGAGACGGUUAAGACUCUUAAGAGGGAUAGUGCCGGCGUGUUGCCUCUUGAUGCUGCCUUCCCGGGUCUUCGCACUGACCCUGCUGUCCUGUUCAACCUCCUUCCUUUGAGGUCGCCUGAUCCUCCUCAGAAGACCCCGAAUCCGGAUAAGGGCAAUGGUAAGGGCCUUGAUAAAGGUAUCAAGAGGGACUCUGACGGCCAGCCUCGCAAAGAGUCCCAGCUUCCUGAUGCCCUCAAGAACAUUCCAAACCUUAAGAAGAAGACCUCGAAAGGCAAGCGACUUUGUUGGGCAUACAACAUCAAAGACAGGGGGUGCAGCCAUGCUGAGGCUGGCAAAGCUUGUCGCUUCGGUCUUCACUUGUGCAUGCGCUGCGAGAAGCCUCACCCCCAGUUCGAAUGCCCUGCAGCUUCUGUUGAUGCUUCUGCCGAGGUUAAACAUCCGGCCGAGGAAUUUUCGCUGGGUGUAUUGACAUCUGGCACCGCUCCUUCGCGCAAGGACGUUUUGCAUCUUUCCACACUUCUUCCCUUUGAUGCUCCUCAGCCUUCUCGGGAUUUAGGUAGUGCCGGUCAAUCGUGGACCACGGGUCUGUACACCAAAGGUGGUAUCACGGCCCUUCGAUCUAAUGUAAAAUCCUUUCCAUUUUCGUCUUCUCUGCUUUUUGCUUUCAUCAGAACCAUCAGUCCUUCCUUCGAGUGCACCAGUGCUGCUCUCUUUGUCGACACGCAGACAGCCCUGCAUCGCGACAGCUACAACGCGCACCUUCCCAAUCUGUUGAUUGGGGUCAACUCCUUCUCAGGUGGCCAACUUUGGCUCGAGGGAGAGGGACCUCAUCCAGUGACCGAUCCUUCAGGUGCCCAACUUCUUGGACAGCUACACGAGGUUGCCUCCGGAAAGCAACCCAAAGGCAAACGUGUUCCGCCUUUGGUCUCUGAGUACAAGUCCAUCAUCACGGAGCGAACUUAUGGUAUCGCGUGGACCCCAGAAGAGUUCGUCAAACAGGAGUCACCUGCCGACCUUGCCAGGGAACGCACUGCUACGUUGAGGAGGUGGAUGCUUACCUCCGAGGAGGCGGUCUCCCGUGCAGAUCCCUCCGACAUGCCCGACCACUGUGCCGCAGUUCUUGGUAAGAAAUCUAUGAAGGUCUUCAAAUCGCUCUUGACUGAGGCCGAGUACCCGGACACAACCUUGACCAAGGUUUCCGCUGCCUCGCUUACCGUUGAGGAUGUUCGUGCAGCCACUCCCCUUGCCAGGAAGGCCAUCCUUGCCUCUACCAAAGAAGGUUUCGACCGCGAGGAAUCGGACAUCCCCCCGGAUGCCAUAGCUGAAGAAGAGCGUGAUCUUGCGAUCUGGUUCGAGCGUGUUCGCAGUGAAAGCAAUCCUGCAGAUGACAGCCAUGAAGGCAAUCCAGCAGAGCAGGGAGUCGAGCAGCUCAGACAGUUGACCGGGUAUGCGCGGACUGAAGCGCACAGCCCCUUCGAGAUCAUCACCGGCAGACCAUAUCUUGGCAAGCUAGUGAAUUUCUGCGAAGUUGUGUAUGCCAGAGUGAAGUCUUCAAUCAAAGGGAAAGCGCGUUGGGUCCAGAUGAUUUCGCUUGGAAAGCUUGGAAUUUCAGAUCUGCAUUUUGGGGCCACGCAAGGAGGUUUUCUGAUUUCCAGCCGGAGUGUGCGGCGGUUGCCUAAGCAAUUUGACGCAAAUUUUCUUGAGUACGUUCACGACAUGCCUUGGACACAAGCCUCGUUCCUGGCGGGGCAGUCAGGGCAGUCUAGGCUCCAGAAGUCGAUUGCAGGCAAGAGUGAGGAGGCCAACGACCAAGCCAAGUUGCCAGAAGUCGUUGCCAAUGAUGGGCCGAGGCCCAUGCUGCGUCCCGAGCCUCUUGUGCCAGAUGAUACUGCUUUGUCUGCAUUUCUUCCGCCACCUCCAUUGCUGAUUUCGCCAGGGCCUCCGACCCCUUUGCGAGUGAAUCCUUCGCUUGGCCGAGCUACUGAGCCUGCCACACCGGCCGAUAUGCUUCCUGCAUUGUCACCUGUUCCGGAGUCUCCAGCGCCGAUGCUGGUUGAAGAGAGUGCAAGCGCUGGCGGGGAUGCGCCAAUACCACCUGCUGCUGCAAGCAGCAGCGAUGGAUCCGCCAGCACUGGCGGAACAGUUCGCCCGGCACCUGUGCAGGCCGAGCCACCGGCCAGAAAGCGACUGAGGCUAGAUGCUGUUCAGACAGAUGCAAGCGGAAAUCAGUUGUUUCAUCAAGAUGAAGAGGUUGUCCUUGAAGGUGAGGUAGCCGAAGAAUAUCUUGAAUGUGCUGAUGCAGCUGACUCGGUUGAGUAUGAAAGUGAAGCCGAGCUUGAAGUGCCAUCUUGUUUGAUUAGGCCAUUUUCUGAAAGUGAACCAAUUUGCAGCCCUGUAGAACUUGAUGAAAUAGAUGCUGUAGCAGAUGCAUUUGAGUUUCAGCGGCUGUCUGGAAUUGGGGUCAUAAGUGAAGUGCCUGAUCGACUUGAAGGCCAUAGAACGCUUACGACCAAAAGCGUGCGCACAUGGAGGCCGAAGGUCUACAAAGGAUCGAAAGUUUGGCUGAGGCGUUCGCGCCUCGUGGCGCGGGAGUAUGCACACUUAGAUCCCGAUAGGCCUGGGUUGUUUUGCCCAACAACGAACCAGAUUAUGCUGCGUGUGAUUCCAGCGCUCUUUCUGAGACGCCGUGAGGAAGGCUGGUCGAUGCUAGCGCUCGAUGUGAGCGAUGCUUUUCUCCAGUGCAGCCAGCAGCACCCGACGGUCACCCGCAUACGUGAUAAGUGGUUCAAGUUGUGGCGGAUGCUCCCCGGACAACGGGACGGAAGUGUGACAUGGUACAAUGAUUUCACAAAUGAAAUGAAAGUCGCUGUCGGAGUUGAAUUGCUUCCCGAAAGCCCCGCAUUGUUCAGACUGCCCAGUGGAGCAGGCGGAGGCUAUGUGCAUGUGGACGACAUGCUGGCUGCCGGCCAGACUGAACGGCGCCACAUCCUUGUAAGCCCCACUUUGCUAGUGAUAGAGCCUGACAUCAAAUACCUUGAUCGCCUCAUGCAAGUCACCGGGUUAGCAAAUGCAAAAGAAAGGUACAAAGCAGCUCCGUUUCCGACUGGAGGUCUGCCCACUGAGCUCGCAUCUGAUCGUGAGUUAGAUGCAGCCACUGCCAGCCGGUAUCGUUCAGGUGUCGGUAUCCUCGCUUAUAUGUCCUCAGACCUUGUGGCGUGUCAAUUUGCGAUUAGAUACCUGACUACCUAUUCUCACUCGCCUACUGAAGGAUCAUGGAAGUUGUUGCGGCAUGUUGCAUCGUACAUCAAUUGCCAUCGCAACCAUGUGAUCGGGCUCUCGAAGCCUGUGUCCGGCAAGGGCCUCGUGUGCGACAGGUCCCGCGAGGAGAAUACGACCGUGCUUGAAGUUUGUUCAGACUCCGACUGGAGCGGUUGCAAAAGAACAAGGAAGUCCGUGAGCUCUUGUGCGAUUCUCUGGGACAACAUGCUGCUAUAUGCGCAUAGCAAAACCCAGAAGACCAUCAGCUUGAGCAGUGCAGAAUCGGAAUACAAUUCCCUUGUGUCCGCUGCGGCAGAAGGUAUUUUCUUGUCAGCAUGCAUCCGAUUCCUCCUUCCUGAUUACACGCUUGAACAGAUUUGCCUUGUAGACAACUCGGCAUGUCGAGCCCUGGCGUGCCGACAAGGAGUUGGGAAAAUGCGCCACAUCAGUGGUAAACUUCUUUGGCUUCAGCAGAUGACUAAGGACAAUGUGCUGUCCGUAGGGCCGAUCCCUACAGCUGAAAAUGUGUCAGACCUCGGCACAAAGCCGCUGAAGGCAGAGCGGAUUGAAAAGCUGCUAGGCAUGAUUGGAAUUAGAUGUGCAGACAGCAACUAUGGUGUUAUCGGGGAGUCCUAUCUCCUCUCAGCGAGGGACAAACUGCAUGUGUCCAGAGUUGUUAAACAAGGAGCGCUUAGCACCCAGCAAAUCAUCCAAGUUCUAGCCAUGCUUCUCCAAGUUGAUCGCGUCGCAAGUGCAAACGAUGAGCCCAAUACGCAAAAUGCCGAGGACGCCUUGAGCCAGGACGACGACAAUCUUGGAGUGUUUGCACAGAUUCUUGAAUGGUUUGUGUACAUGUGUUACCUUGUGCGCGAUUUUGCACUUGAGUAUCCAACUGGGAUUAUGCUGAUCAUACAACUGCUGAUCUUGAUCAUGUUGUGCUGUACACUGCUGAGUCGCAAUCGCGUUGCAGUGUUGAGGCAGCAAGCUGACAGUGAGGAAAGCAGUCUGUGCCGGCUACUGUCCAUUAGCAGCUGCCUUCUGCAGAAUCGCAUAGAGGAAACUGAGGCCACUAGCAUGGCCCUCCCGGAAGACAUUGAUCUUCUGGAAGAUGAUGUCCAGGAGGCCAGUGUGGAGAAGCUUUCUCAUGAGGCGGUGCCUUUUCCUGUCAGGGAAUCUGUUGAAGAGGCAUCCUCUUCGCGCGACUGUGCGCAUCGUGCAAAGAAGGCCAGAGCAAGCGUCACCCUGGGAGCCUGCUUUCGGGAUGUUGUCAAUUUCAACCUUGUGGAAACUGACGCUGCGCUUGAAGAAGUCAAAUGGACCAGAGCUUUAGAAAUGUGGCUAUUCGUGAUCAUGGAGGACUCCAGCUGUUCUGCGAUAGGAUCACGGAUUAGCCGCAAAAACGGAGCUGAUGCCAUGAAGUGCCUUCGUGAACUCUUCGGGAAGAAAGCAUCCAGUACCGUCGCAAAGCGUGGGAGUGCAAUGCAGAAGUUCGUUGUGUGGGUACACAAAGCUUGCCCAGGCGAGUGUGCCCUGCCUAUCACUUCAAAGCGUGUCGAUGAUUACAUCGAGCAACUACAGGAAGCUAAGGUCCGACCUGGAUCUUUCACAAGCUUUACUGAAGCUGUCAAUUUCUCAGUGCAUGUCGUUGGCUUGCCUUUCGAUUGUGACGGAUCUCUGAGGAACCCUUUCUCAGGAAAGCAGUUGUUCAGUCCUUGGGCUCGUGGGGCUGUUGCGCUGGAGAUACAGAAGAAAGCAGAGAGGAGGCAGAGCGCUGUCCUAACCACUGACAGCGUUCUUUACCUUGAGGCUUUCUUGAGCGACGAGGAUGAAGAUUUAGUCGACCGUUACGCUGCAGGAUGCAUGCUCUUCGGUUUGUUCAGCCGUAGUCGCAUUAGUGAUCUCAGAAAGGUCAAGGAUUGGAUUUUGGAUUUUGAUUGUUUGCAAAGCCACGGGCAAGGUUUCCUUGAGUGCAGCACUCGCAGUCACAAGACUGAGAAGGACGUCGCGGCCAUUGGUCUUGCCAUGCCCCUUGUUGCACCGGCUGUCGGCCUAGGUAAGGUGAGCUGGGCUGUUACAUUCAGCAAGGUUGCUUCUGCAGUAGGUUUGGGAUUCGUAGGUCGGCCUGAGGGGCCUUUGCUGCCCGCUCCGGACGUUACCGGAGGAUGGUUGUCCAGGUCGGUGACCACCUCCGAAGCUGGGGCUUGGCUCUGCAAGAUUCUUGAUAAGGGAGGGCAGCCAUCCCAAGGGAUCACAGGUCACAGCUUGAAAAGCACUACACUGACCUGGGCCUGUAAGUUUGGUUUCGAUAAGUAUUCCCGGUUACAACUUGGACACCAUGCCACUGGCGAAGGAACAUUGCACACCUAUGGCCGAGAUUACUUGGCGCCUGCCCUCAGGCGCUAUGAUGAAAUGUUGGCUGCAAUCAGAAACGGAACAUUCUUCCCGGACCUUACGCGCUCGGGUCGCGUGCGAGGCACUGCACAGGUUCCGAAGGUGGAGGUCUCUGAUGAUGAAGUGCCUGAUCCCGGGUUGACCAGCUUCGCUUCAGAAGGUUCUUUUGAGGCCAUUGGUGUAGCAUCCGCCGGAGAGAAGAGUGAUGAAGAUCAGGUUGCAGCACCCGCUGACCAUGAGCUGUCCUCCUCGGACAGCAGUAGCUCGCAGGACGAAGUCGUUGCAGGCAGGGACCACCCCGACUUGGACAACGACGAGAUGGCGUGUGCAGUCGCCCGUCCCAAGCCAAGUUGGGAACCUGGAUAUGUCAUGUACAAACAUGUUAGGACACAGGUCGUUCAUCUUUGCGCACAAGGCAGUUCGACCGGAGUUUUUGCGUGUGGGCGGAAGGUGACGUCCGAUUUCAAGGAGGUCGCCCAAACUAAAUUUUUGUCGUUUCGGAAGUGCAAGACCUGUGAAGGGGCAAAGCCGCUCCGCGAUCCAGGAGCAUUGGCCGAGGCCGUUAACGCUAUGAUGCAGCGAAAGUCGGCUGCAGAGAGUUUGUGA